GCGAUGAAACCGGAGCUCUGAGAUAAACACGGAAAACCACUUCCUUUUGAAAGUUCACUUCCCAAAAACCGGAACUUUGGAGAACCAAAGCGAACCAAACCCUCGUCGAGAGAUCGAGAGAUCCAUAGUGAGAAGGAAGGCUUCGAAUCCUGAGAAGACGAUGCUUGCCGAGUGUCUCUUCGGAGGAAUCGUCGCCGUUUUGCUAUGGUUUCUCCUCAGCAGGAAGAGCAAAGAGCGGAAUGCGGGAUCUUUGGCUGAGAUUCCUGAUGUCCUUGAUGCGUCUGUUGAUCGGGGAACGGAUGUGAUAAUCGUCGGUGCUGGUGUUGCUGGCUCUGCUCUGGCUUACACCCUUGGAAAGGAUGGGCGUCGUGUGCAUGUCAUUGAGAGAGAUUUGAGUGAGCCGGAUAGAAUUGUGGGGGAGCUUUUACAACCUGGUGGUUACCUCAAAUUGAUUGAGCUAGGCCUUGAUGAUUGUGUGGAGGAAAUUGAUGCUCAACGAGUCCUUGGCUAUGCUCUUUUUAAAGAUGGCAAGAAUACCAAACUCUCUUAUCCACUGGAGAAGUACCAUUCUGAUGUUGCUGGAAGGAGCUUUCACAAUGGCCGGUUUAUCCAAAGGAUGAGAGAAAAGGCUGCAACUUUGCCCAACGUUCGGUUGGAGCAAGGAACUGUGAACGCAUUGCUCGAAGAAAAUGGAAUUGUAAAGGGGGUAGCAUACAAGACUCGAGCAGGUGAAGAACUGAAAGCUUAUGCACCCUUGACAAUAGUAUGUGAUGGAUGCUUUUCAAACUUGCGCCGCAGUCUCUGUUCUCCCAAGGUGGAUGUACCAUCAUGCUUUGUUGGAUUGGUUCUGGAAAACUGCGAGCUACCUUUCCCAAAUCACGGGCAUGUUGUGUUGGCAGAUCCUUCGCCAAUCCUGUUCUAUCCUAUAAGUAGCACAGAGGUUCGCUGUUUGGUUGAUGUGCCUGGUCAGAAGGUGCCUUCUAUAGCUAAUGGAGAAAUGGCUGACUAUCUGAAAACUGUGGUGGCGCCUCAGAUCCCCAAAGAAUUGUAUGAUUCUUUUAUAGCAGCGAUUGACAAGGGAAGCAUGAGAACUAUGCCAAACAAGAGCAUGCCAGCUAAUCCUCACCCCACUCCUGGAGCUCUUUUAAUGGGAGAUGCAUUCAAUAUGCGCCAUCCUUUAACUGGUGGAGGAAUGACUGUGGCAUUGGCUGAUAUUGUCGUCCUUCGCAAUCUUUUCAAGCCUUUGCGCAAUUUACACGAUGCAUCUGCUCUUUGCAAAUAUUUGGAAGCCUUCUACACCUUGCGCAAGCCAGUUGCUUCUACAAUAAACACAUUGGCUGGUGCAUUGUACAAGGUCUUCUGUGCUUCACCUGAUCAGGCUAGAAAUGAAAUGCGGCAAGCCUGCUUUGACUAUUUGAGCCUUGGAGGAGUUUUUUCGACUGGCCCUGUCGCAUUGCUCUCUGGCCUUAACCCUCGGCCGUUCAGUUUGGUUGCUCAUUUCUUUGCUGUUGCCAUCUAUGGUGUUGGUCGAUUACUAGUUCCAUUUCCUUCUCCCAAGCGGCUGUGGAUUGGUGCUAGGCUGAUUUCGAGUGCAUCCGGCAUCAUCUUCCCGAUAAUGAGAGCUGAAGGUUUCCGGCAGAUGUUCUUUCCUGCAACCAUUCCCGCAUAUUACAGAGCUCCACCGAGUGAUUGAAAGCUUGAAAAAGGAACCGAUCAGCGAUGUCAUUGACGGUGGAGCUUAUCAGAAACAAUUUCGACAAUAGUAUAAGAUUUACUGAGGCUUGUACUGUGUUAGAUUGAAUUCUUGGCUGAUUGUAGACGUUUGGUGUGCCAAAAUUGCUUAGCAGUAAUGUGCACUUCCUUUUUGUGUUUUGUAAUGCUUGUUCCAUAUAAUAAAAGGAUUUUGUCUCUGAGCAAAUUAGCUACUC